GGGUUCGUAUACUUUCAUCCUUCACCAAUUCAUCAAUAUCAUAAUUGACUUUUUCAUACAUCAAACAUGAAGAUGUUUACUCUUCUCUUAGCGAUAAUCACCAUUGUUAGUGUUACACAUUCAGCCCUCGCUACCGAAGUUUCUCAGGAUGGACGUGCACUUCUCAUUAAUGGAGAGCGUAAGAUCAUCCUUUCUGGCUCCAUCCAUUAUCCUCGUAGUACUCCCGAGAUGUGGCCGGAUUUAAUCAAAAAGUCUAAAGACGGAGGGCUAGAUGCAAUUGAGACCUACGUGUUUUGGAAUUCGCAUGAACCUGUCCGUAGGCAAUAUGAUUUUACCGGUAGAAAUAAUCUUAUAAGGUUUUUGAAGACAGUUCAAGAUGCUGGACUUUAUGCCAUUCUUCGUAUUGGUCCAUACGCCUGUGCUGAAUGGAAUUAUGGAGGCUUUCCGGUUUGGUUGCACAACAUGCCUGGGAUCGAGCUCCGAACUAAUAAUAAAGUCUUCAUGGAUGAAAUGCAAAAUUUCACAACUUUGAUAGUAGAUAUGGUGAAGAAGGAGAGCCUUUUUGCAUCUCAAGGUGGUCCGAUUAUCCUUGCCCAGAUCGAGAACGAAUAUGGCAAUGUAAUGGCUCCCUACGGAGAUGCCGGGAAAGAAUACCUAAAUUGGUGUGCAAAAAUGGCCGUAGCUCAAAACAUCGGAGUCCCAUGGCUUAUGUGCCAACAGAGUGAUGCACCUCAACCCAUGAUUAAUACAUGCAAUGGUUGGUAUUGUCAUGAUUUUACCCCAAACAACCCUAACGUCCCAAAGAUCUGGACCGAAAACUGGACCGGCUGGUUCAAAGCUUGGGGUGGUAAACGUCCAUUCAGGACUUCUGAAGAUGUUGCUUAUGCUGUUGCCCGUUUCUUCCAAACUGGAGGCACUCUUCAAAAUUACUACAUGUACCACGGAGGAACUAAUUUCGGAAGAACUACCGGUGGUCCGUACAUCACCACGAGCUACGAUUACGAUGCACCCCUCGACGAAUAUGGUAAUUUGAACCAACCCAAAUACGGACAUCUCAAGCAACUUCACGACGUGCUACACUCAAUGGAAAAGGCUCUCACUUAUGGAGAUAUUCUCAAAACUGAUUUGGGCAACUCUGUUACGGUGACAAGUUACAAGUACAAUGAAGUCUCAAGUUGUUUCAUUAACAACGAUAACACUUCUGUCGAUGCAACCAUUACAUUCCAAGGUCAAAACUUCACCAUUCCCGCUUGGUCUGUUAGCAUUCUUCCCGAUUGCAAAAACGAAGCAUACAACACCGCUAAGGUCAACACACAAACUUCCAUAAAAGCAAACUUACCCAAUGAAGCUGAACAAGAACCCAGUUCUCUUUCUUGGAGUUGGAGGCCUGAAAUAAUCGGUAGCUAUGUUAAAGGCGGUAAUGGCCAAUUCACCUCGGAUGUUCUUCUCGAACAAAAGGCUGUUACUAAUGAUACUAGUGACUAUUUAUGGUACAUGACAAGUAUUAACCUUGAUGACAAUGAACCCAUUUGGAGCAGUGACGAUAUUAGCCUCCAGAUCAAUUCUAGUGCCCAUGUUAUUCAUGCUUAUGUCAAUGGGAAAGAAAUUGGUUCUGAAUUUGCUCAAGGUUCUUACCACUUCGUUUUUGAGAAAAAGGUUAAUAAUUUGAAGAAGGGGAAGAACAUUAUUUCACUCCUUAGUGCUACUGUUGGACUUCAGAACUAUGGUCCAUUCUUUGACAUGACUCCAGUCGGACUAACCGGUCCGGUAAAGUUAGUCGGAAAGAAGAACAACAAUGAGGUUGUGACAAUGGACUUAUCGUCUCAACCAUGGACAUAUGCAACUGGUUUGCAAGGUCUUGAUAACCAGAAGCUCUAUAGCCAAGGAUCAGCCUAUGCUCUAACAUGGAAGAAAGACAGUAACAUGCCCAUAAACAGGAAAAUGACAUGGUACAAGACUACAUUCGAGCCACCAUUGGGAAAAGACCCAGUAGCUGUGGACCUAAGUGGGAUGGGAAAGGGAGAAGCUUUUGUGAAUGGAGUAAGCAUUGGAAGAUAUUGGCCAAGCUAUUUAGCCGAUGAAGAUGGUUGUGACCUCAAAGCUUGCGACUACCGCGGCCAAUACGAUAACAACAAGUGUGUCUCCAACUGUGGGAAAUCCAUCCAAACAGACUACCAUGUACCGCGAUCUUUCUUAAGGGACGAUGUGAACACCCUAGUCCUAUUCGAGGAAUUCGGGGGAAACCCGACCCAAGUAAACUUCAAAACAGUACGAACAGGAGGAGCUUGUGCAAAUGUGUACGAGGGAAAUACACUAGAGUUUUCUUGUGAAGGAAGAUACAUUUCUGGUAUUAACUUUGCUAGUUUUGGUAACCCAACUGGUGUUUGUGGCUCAUUUGAGAAAGGAUCUUGUGAAGGAGCCAAUGAUGCUAAGAGCAUCCUUACUAAGACUUGUGUUGGCAAAGAGACUUGUUCAGUAGAUGUUUCGGAGAAGGUAUUUGGUGCAGCAUCAAACUGUGGAGAUGAAAUCAAGAGACUUGCAGUGGAGGUUGUUUGUUAAUAUGAGUAGUUUUAUGAUUUAGUUUUAGGAGUUAAUCAGUUUUUAGAUUUAGAUUUAGUUUUAGGAGUUAUUACUGAAUAUUUUUUAGCAUUAAUACACAUUCGUACAUGAUAGUAUAGUAUAAUACAGAAUAUUUUUCUGUAUCACAAUAAAUAAAACGAUUCAAAAUUAACAGAGUAUUUUAUUUGUUUA